AUGCCCAAGGCGGGACUCGAACCUGCGACCUUUCGGAACGAAGAGCUGAGUUGGCACACGCCCCCCUCCCAUCCAGCGCCGCGCGGCGGCGGAGGUAGGCAACCCUUCUGCCGCGGGCGCGCGUCGUGCGGAGCGUCUGCCGUGCUCUGGAUGGGGGGCGGCGGGAGGCAGGGGGGGGGGGGCCACUUGAGCGGGCGUGUGCGUGGCCCGCGUCCGCGCGCGCGCGCUCGUGCGUGCACGUGCGUAUUCAUGCGACAUUUAUUUCAUUGUCGGCUAUUCACUUGUGGCGCGUCCUUUGUCAACGUGUCCAGAAGCGGUUACGAAAUCGCCGCCUUUUGUGUCGCACGCGAGCGCGCGCCGCCGCCUCCGCCGCCUCCGCCGCCGCCGUCGCCUGGCCUGCACUGUGGAGCGACGUUGCUUGGGCUGCCGGAAGGAUCGUACAUGCCUCCGAAGGCGCGAACCCGACGCUCAUCCCCUCGCAGUCCCCUUCUUCGGCAUUCAAAACUGACGUCCACUGCAGCACACCUUGACCGCCAGCCAGCGACGGCGACGUACGGCAACCUUCUGCCCGCGGGCGCGCGUCGUUGCGAGCGUCUGCCGUGUCUGGGUGGGCCACUUGACGGGCUUGUGCGUGGCCCGCUGUCCGCCGCGCGCUGCUCGGUGGUGCACGUGCGUAUUCUGCACAUUUAUGUUCAGUGUCGGCUAUUCACUUGUGCGCGCGUCUUGUCAACGUGUCCGAAAGCGGUUACGAAAUCGCCGCCUUUUGUGUCGCACGCGAAGCGCGCCGCGCCGGCCUCCGCCCCUCCGCGCCGCCCGCGCCUGGCGUCUGCCCUCCUGCAAGGCACGUCAAGAUUCUCUGCAGCAUUUUACAAUGGCUGGAUAUUGACGCAUUGUGUGCUGUUAGGUGGUGACCUUUGA